CAUAUCCUCUCUCACAUGAAAGUUCUAUGCGCAUCUUGACAAAUUUUGCACGUUUGUUUACGUCUCCUUACCAUUCUCCUCAUUAUCACUACUCAGCCAAAUAAUGUCGUCUCCAAAUAACAAGUCACCCGCUAAUGGCGAUGCCGGUGCCGCCGAUGAGAAACCGCGACUCACUGAGGAGGAAAAGAAGCAGAACCAUAUCGCAUCUGAGCAGAAGCGACGCCAAGCGAUUCGUGAAGGCUUCGACCGCUUAACUGAACUGGUGCCUGGCUUAGAAGGACAGGGGAGAUCCGAGGGCCUGGUUCUAAAGCGGACAGUUGACUAUAUGCGUGAGCAGCUCUCAGAGCGACAGGCUAUGGUUGAUCGCAUUGAACAGGCUGGCGGUGACGUCGAUGAGAAGCAUAAGAGGUGAGUUGGGUAACCACUUUGCGAUCAACAAACUACCUUAGGUACUGACUGUCUUUCUAGGGCUCUAUAUCAACAGGCGGCGAACCCAGGUCGUACUAGGGGAUGAUUACAUGCUUGAAUGGUUUUCACAGCUACCGCACAUCAAGAGCCUGGACAGGCUCGACGACGUUGGGCAUUAAGUCGAUGGAACUGAUUGACUAUCACAUAUCAGCACCUGACCAGCCCAAAUCGCGAUAGCAACGAGCCGCGCCAUAAUGGCAGCGCCGCGCUAUCAGCACGACUAGGGAAGAAAGACUGAUAUAGAGACUAUUGUAUCUACAAA